CGUGCCUGCAGGCCCGGAGCCACCCUGCUUCGCCUGUGAGCUUGGGAAGCCCUGGGGAUGCCAUACCUGUGAGCUCAGGGACACCUGGCCUGUGAACCUGGGGACCUGGGUGCACCCUGCCGGUGACCUCAGGGAUGCCUUGCCCUGCCUGCAAGCUCGGGGAGCCCUGGGGAUCCCUUUGUGCUUAGAAGGUUUGGAGAUGGCCUCUUGUGAGCUUAGGGACACACUGCCCUUCCUGCAGUCUGGGAAGCCCAGGUACACCCUGCCUGUGAGCCCGGUGUCACCCUGCAUUGCCUGCAAGCUUGGGGAGCCCCAGGGUUGCCAUGCCUGAGAGCUCAGGGAGCUUGAGAGCACCCCGCUGAGAGCUUGGGGUGCUCAGGGAUGCCCUCCAUGCCCAUGAGUGCACACAGUGUCCCUGUGAUCAGGAUGGUCGGCUGGUGCUGACCCUCUGCAGUUUUGCUUCCCUUGAGGUCCAGGUGGGCAUGACAUCCUGCUGGGUUGCACCAGGGUGCCUCUGCACAGACAGGUGGGGAGAGAUCAGUUCCACUUGCCUAGCCCUCACCUUGUGUCCACAUGUGCUGUGUGCAGGAAUGGAGCUGUGGACGCUCCAGGGCUUUGCCUGCCCUGGCUUUAGGGUGUGAGCACCCAGAAGAGCUGCCAGCAAGUCCCACUGUGGCUGUGUUGUGCAACCAUGGCCAGUUACAGCCUGGCCAACAUCCCACUGACUCCGGAGACCCAGCGGGACCAGGAGCGGCGGAUACGCAGGGAGAUCGCCAACAGCAACGAGAGAAGGCGGAUGCAGAGCAUCAAUGCUGGCUUCCAGUCUCUGAAAACCCUCAUCCCGCACACGGACGGGGAGAAACUCAGCAAGGCGGCCAUCCUCCAGCAGACGGCUGAGUACAUCUUCUCCCUGGAGCAGGAGAAGACCCGGCUACUACAGCAGAACACCCAGCUCAAGCGGUUCAUCCAGGAGUUCAGCGGUUCCUCCCCAAAGCGGCGACGAGCAGAGGACAAAGAUGAGGGCAUCGGCUCACCGGACAUCUGGGAGGACGAGAAGGCUGAGGACCUGCGGCGAGAAAUGAUUGAGCUGCGGCAGCAGCUGGACAAGGAGCGCUCGGUCCGCAUGAUGCUGGAGGAGCAGGUUCGCUCGCUGGAGGCCCACAUGUACCCCGAGAAGCUGAAGGUGAUUGCUCAGCAGGUGCAGCUCCAGCAGCAGCAGGAGCAGGUGAGGUUGCUGCACCAGGAGAAGCUGGAGCGGGAGCAGCAGAUCCGAACCCAGCUCCUGCCAGCACACGGUCCCCCAGCGCCCACCCACCACCCCACUGUGAUCGUACCAGCACCGCCUCCCUCCCAUCAUGUCACCGUGGUCACCAUGGGCCCGUCCUCGGUCAUCAACACAGUCUCCACGUCCCGGCAAAACCUGGACACCAUCGUUCAGGCCAUCCAACACAUCGAGGGCACGCAGGAGAAGCAGCUGCAGGAAGAGGAGCAGCGGCGUGCCGUCAUCGUGACGCCCGCACGUGCCUGCGCAGAGCCCUCCGCCUCCGACACCGCCUCCGACACGGAGGGCAACGACAGUGACUCCAUGGACCAGAGCAAAGAAGACCCUUUGGGGGAAGGAGAGCUGCCCUGACACCCACUGGCCGGCAGCCGGGACGGGGAGCAGGGAGAAGGGGGGAAACGUCAGAGAAUAUGCUGAAAUUUUUAAAAAAUACGUCGCGAUUUGGGUCUCUUUUAUGACCUUUUUCCAAUACUGUAACGCUGGAAGCGGGCGCCGUUCAGUGCUCAGCUCCCAGCGAGCGGGGAGAAGG